AUGCGGCUGCGGCUGGGGCAGGUGCUGCCGGCGCUGUGCCUCGGCGCCGCCUGUCCCCUGCUGUGGUUCGCGCUGUGGCGCGGCGGCCCAGGAAAUGGCUUAGAUACGUACGAACAGCAGCUGCUGGAACUUCAGCAAAGACUGUUGUAUGCUGAUGUGGAAAACAAAAAAAUAUCACAUGAACUGAGCAGUGCCCUAGAUGAAAUCAAAAAUAUAGCUGCAAGAGGAAUGAACAUGACAAAAAAUCACACAGGUUGGAAAGAGUUAACCCUGCCCAGAAAACUUCCCGUGCACCUUACAAACAUCUACUACUAUCUCCCUCACCUGCGAGAAUAUGAAGAUGCAAUUUUCCCAAAUGUUAUUUUUGGGCAGCAGAGAACUGGAGUCUCCCUGGUGAUGGGUAUUCCUACAGUGAAAAGGGAAAACCAAAAUUACCUGAUUGAUACUCUGCAUUCCCUGCUGUACCAACUCUCUGAGGAGCAGAAGAGGGACUGUGUAAUAAUCAUCUUUGUAGCAGAGGUGGAUGCAGAGUAUGUUAAGAGUGUUGCAGAAAGUGUUAAAACCAGCUUCCCCAGAGAAGUCCAGUCUGGAGUCCUGGAGGUUGUUUCUCCUCCUGCUUCCUAUUACCCAGACCUUUCCAACCUGCAGAAAACGCUCGGAGAUUCUGAGGACCGAGUAAGGUGGAGAACUAAACAGAAUUUGGACUAUAGCUUUUUAAUGCUGUAUGCUCAGCCUAAGGGAACGUUUUAUUUACAGCUGGAAGAUGAUAUUAUAGCCAAGCCUGAUUUUGUUGAGAGCAUAAAAAGCUUUGCUGCUCAGCAGUCCCAAGAUUGGAUGGUUCUUGAGUUCUCACAGCUUGGAUUUAUUGGAAAAUUGUUUAAAUCAGAAGACUUACCACAAAUAGUGGAAUUUUUUCUCAUGUUCUAUAAGGAUAAGCCUAUAGACUGGCUCAUAGACCACCUGCUCUGGGUUAAAGUGUGCAAUCCAGAGAAGGAUGCAACACACUGUGAGAAGGAAAAGUCAAAGUUGCGUGUCCGUGCUAAGCCAUCUCUCUUUCAGCACAUGGGAACCUUUUCAUCCUUGGCUGGGAAGAUACAGAAUUUGAAAGAUAAAGAUUUUGGAAAAAUGUUGCUACAUAAAGCACAUAAUAAUCCACCUGCAAAAGUGGACACAAGCCUAAAAAUAUAUGAGCAAUAUACCCUGGAAAAAGUUUACAAAGGACAAGACUGUUUUUGGGCCUUAGCUCCAGUGGCAGGUGACUACAUCAGGUUCACAUUUUUAAAUCCACUAGAAGUUGAAAAGUACUUGUUCAGAAGUGGGAAUGUGGAGCACCCUGGUGAUAAACUGUUUAACACCACUGUGGAAGUGCUGCCAGCUGAUAAAACACUAAGAAAAGAAUUGAUUCACAAUGGCAGUAAAUUUAACUACCCAGCAACCAAAGACGGAUAUUUAAAAAUAGGGGCUUUUGAAAAUGGCACAGCAGAAGGCAGCAUCAGCCAGGCAAUAGGAAGAAUAGAGGCCAUUCGUUUAUCAGUCAGCUCUGACUCUCCAGUCUGGGCAAUACUCAGUGAGGUACUUAUCAAGACAUCUGAAAACUGAAAAAAAUACAUUUUUGAUCUGUCACUUGUUAUGUAUUUCUGGAAAACAAGGCUGACUUCAACAAAACAAAACAAAAAGACUGGGACAAAAGAUCCAAUUCCAUGCCUAUUUAGUUCUUAAUGCUCUGUAUUAGGAAAAAGUUGGGAUAAAUCUUAGGUCUUUAUAUGACAAGGUAUAUGAAAACAAUGUUAGUAAUUUCCAUAACAUGUUCUUGAGAAAUAUGUCAUGUAUAAACAUUAAAAAGAUAUUAUUACAAGCAAUUGAUAAGGCAUUACAG